AUGACCACCCUGGCUGCAAUGACACGGACAAUCACCCGUGACAAGCCGGCGUUCGGGAAAACCACCGAUCCAUUCAACAAGACAGCUGCGGGUGUUUCACCGGCAGCCACGGCAUCGGCGGCGGGCGGGGGGGGAGCGGUUGCAGCUUCAGGGGCGUCAAACUUUUUCAUCAUGUGCACGGGCCAGGUGGAGUUCGGCGAGUUCGGGAGCCUGGACAACCUCUACUGCAGGUAUACACUUAGCUUCGGGAACGACUGGUACAUUGUACACGGUCUCGACACGGGACUGUCUCAGAUCGCUCAGCGGGCUGGAGGGCAGGACACAUCCGUCGUCUGGAAUUUUCCCAUCGAUGUCACCUUCAAGAGCACGAACGCCUUCGGGUGGCCUCGUAUUGCCCUCAGCGUGUUCCGAGUGGACGAUAUGGGCCGAGACACGGUUGUCGGAUACGGAUCUGUCUUGAUCCCAACCCAGGCAGGAAGGCACGAGAGGGUGGCGCACAUGUACGCCCCUCAGCCUUCGUCGAUGCUGCAACGAUUCAGAGCCUGGGUGUCAGGCGCGUAUCCAGAGUUCUUCGACUCCAAGUUUGUGACUCGCGGGGAGGGGCGCGAGGUGACUAGAGUCAGACGAUCAGGCACGGUGAAGGUUUCCCUCGAUGUCAUGACCAGAGGGAUGGUGGAUUUCGGCUACAACAGGCCCGAGGGAAUGCAAGGAGUGAGCCAGGACCAGCGGUUUGAGUCCUACUCGGGAGGGGGGGGUUCGAGCCACCGAGUCUCGUCCUCGAUUUUCGGCAACACCACAGGGAGCAAAACAAGUUUUGUUGGGUGA